AAAGCCGGGCUAUGGCUGAUGUGACUAUACCGCUCCUUUCCUGACUCCCGCAGGCUAAGUGCUUGGCUUCUUGAGAAGCAUGCUUCUUGAGAACAAAAAAAGUGAUUUAAAGCCUCAUGGGAGAUGAGCAAUCCUCAAGACACACAGAAAAAGUCCCAGUGAUACAGGAAGCGGUUCAGGAACCUGCUGGUUCCUGAUACAUAAAUUAGACAGCAGAGGCGCACUGCAUGACACAAAGCUCGCUUCUGCCUGGCGUCUGUCAGCAGCUGUCAGGCUCUGGCCAGGACCCCUUUUUUCUCCUUACUGGCUGAUGGAUCCUAAGGGACUCUUCUCCUUGACCUUCCUGCUAUUUCUCUCCCUGGCUUUUGAGCCAAGCUACGGAACAGGUGGGCGCAUGAUGAACUGCCCAAAGAUCGUCCAGCAGUUGGGAAGUGAUGUGCUGCUGCCCCUGACGCAUGAAAGGAUAAAUGCAAGCAUGAACAAAAGCAUCCACAUUGUCGUCACAAUGGCAAAAUCACUGGAGAACAGUGUCGAGAACAAAAUAGUGUCUCUUGAUCCAUCUGAAGCAGGCCCUCCACGUUACCUAAAAGACCGCUACAGGUUUUAUCUGGAGAACCUGAGCCUGGCUAUCCGGGAAAGCACGAAGAAGGAUGAGGGGUGGUAUUUUAUGACCCUGGAGAAAAAUAUUUCAGUUCAGCGCUUCUGCCUGCAUUUGAAGCUUUAUGAGCAGGUCUCCACUCCAGAAAUUAAAGUGUUAAACCAGACCCAGGAGAACGGGACCUGCACCUUGAUACUGGGCUGCACAGUGAAGAAGGGGGACCAUGUGGCUUACAGCUGGAGUGAGAAGGCGGGCACCCAUCCACUGAGCCCAGCCAACAGCUCCCACCUCCUGUCCCUCACCCUUGGACCCCAGCAUGCUAAAAAUAUCUACGUCUGCACUGUGAGCAACCCCAUCAGCAACAGCUCCCAGGACUUCGUCCCAUGGCUCAGAUGCAGGAAAGACCCCUCAGAGACAAAUAUAUGGCCAGUGUAUGCUUGGCUGUUCUUAGCGGGUGUCAUCAUUAUUCUCAUCAUGAUUGCAAUAAUGCUGCUGAGACGAAGAGGUAAAACGGACCAUUACCGGACAACAACGGAAAAAAAAAACCUUACGAUCUAUGCCCAAGUCCAGAAACCAGGUACUAUUCAGAAGAAACUUGACUCCUUCCCGACUCAGGACCCUUGCACCACCAUUUAUGUUGCUGCCACAGAGCCUGUCCCAGAGUCUGUCCAGGAAACAAAUUCCAUCACAGUCUAUGCUAGUGUGACCCUUCCAGAGAGCUGACAUCAACGACCGAACAAAGGGACUUUCUGAAGGAAAAUAGAAAAUCCAAAACGAACACUGAACUUGGCCCCGGGCUGAAGUUCUGGCAGACACGCUACACAUCUGUACCCUUCUUGGAUCAAUACUCUGGUGAUGUUUCUUCCACAUGCAUCUGUGAAAUGAACAAGGAAGUGAGGCUUCCCAAGAAUUUAGCUUGCUCUGCAGUGGCUGCAGGUACAGAACAGAGAAGUACUUGAUAACAGCUUUGCAUCCUUGUGUUGUGGCAGAUGAAAUGGGUAGUGAUGUGAGUUCAGAUUUUGGGCAUCCUGCUCUUGGCUGGAAUUGGAUAAUAAAAACCAAAGACUGAAAGCCAUCUGAGUACCUAUCUCAGACAGUGGACCACCAGGCACAAAAUCUGGAAAAGUUUACAUUUUGGCUGUCUUUACUUUGUUCUGGGAGCUGAUCAUGAUCACUUGCAGACCUGAUCAAGCCUCUGCGCCUCAGUUUCUCUCUCAGGAUAAAGAGUGAAUAGAGGAUGACGGGUGAAUUUCUUAUUAUAUAUAUAAACACUCUGAUAUUAUUGUACAAAAGAAGCUAAGAAUAUCAUUAUUUUAUUUGCAAAAUCCAGAAGCUAAAGAGUCAAUAAACAGAAAGAAUGAUUUUUGAGAUCUCUGAGUUUUGAACAGUGGACUGGAAACCAUGUAAGAGCCUUAAAAGUACAGUUCUGUGCAAAUGGUAAUCAGUUUUAAGGAAAAAGUAACACUGUUUGGUGGUGCUGUUACGAAGCAGCUUGGAACACUCAGAGGAACUUGUUUCAGGGUGAUUCUUCACUUCUCAAAAUGACGUUUAAAUCCCAGUUCUCUGUUUAUUCCCUUGAACCACAAACCUGGAGCCUCAGCUAAGACUCUCUCUGACCAGAUUCCGAACUUAUUUUAUAUCCAGGGCUUCAAGGGGUAUUGGAGGUCAAGGUCUUUCUUAGGCGCUUUCUACUCCCUGCGUGCCUCUCCUCUCAUGAAAUGUAUCUUCUAGAAGAAAAUUAAGUUGUUUUGGUCUAAGAGCUUCAAAUCACUGAAUGCUCAAUAACUUAUAUUGCAGGCUACAACCAGAAAGAGCCUCUUUUGGUAAAGUCCUAUUUUCUUCCUAUUCUCUGUUUUCAGACAGGCUGUCUUCAAUUUAAGCCCUUCCUUUUCUUAUUGGUUCUUAUAUAAACUUGGCGAGUACUGUAAGAAAUAGCCACUAUCGUACCAUUGCAUAAUAAGGGGCACCAACUUCCCAGCUCAAAACUCAGGUCCUUAUUGCCUUAUAACUCAUCUCCUUUAUGAGGUCCAUUCAUAUUGCAAGCCUGUUGCUUAGCAUAACUUAUUUUCUGGUACCAUCUUCUGUAAUAGAGUUCUUAGUUGCAAUCAGCAGAAACUGGCUUUGGCUUUUUUAUGUAGAAAAGGAGCCUAUUGAAAAGAUACUGUGGCCGGUAACUGCUAGAAGGUUCUGUAAAACUAUGCUUUGAAAGUGAGGAGGAAAAGAGACUGGGCUAUGGCUCAGUCCACAGCCAAAUUUACAAAACGAGCCCAGGGAUGGCGAUCCUGUCCUUGGACAGCCACCGUCCCCAGCACUAGACUCUACCACUGCUUCACUAUCUCUGCUGGACUUGGAAACUUGAUAUUACUGUUACUGCUGCACUGUCUGCCAUGAAAAUGAAUUCUCCAGGGUCCUGUCUUUAUCUUUUCAUCUCUAGCUUAUAAUUCAAAGUCUGGGAUUGAUUGGCCAAUCCUAGGUCACAUGUCCAUGUCCUAUCUCCAAGGGAGGUUGGGAAUUGAAUAUCUGGCAUUUUCCACUUUCACUUCUUAUGCGUUAGGGAAUUUAGAAAUAAUAGAAGUGGGAUUCAGGUGGCAGUCAGACAAAAAAGGUUCACAAUUAUCCACUACGCCACCCUUGUAUAACCUUAGCCUCAUUCGCUAUCUAUGCUUAAGACUGUGGCGCUACUAAUGAAGAUUUGUACAACUCAGAUUGCUCUAGAAGCUCAGCUCCCGACAUUUGGGUUUUUCCAGUAGCUGAAUUCUACCUGAUGGAAAGGCAGAAACAAAGGGUAAAGAAGAGGCUAUCACUUCUAAGUUUCCUGAACCCCUGGGCUCAAGACCUCAAGAACCACAGGGGGUGGUGUGUGCUGGCUGAGAAGCUACUGUGAAUUGAUUCUUCUUCUGAAGUUUAUGUUUCUAAUUUUUGGAAAUGAAUAAAUUACAGCCAGUCCAUCAAGACCUCACUGGGAAAAGAGUCUUUAGGGCACCCAUCUGACAGCACUGGCAUUAUGCCUCUCACCCCUAGACCAUGGUUACAAAGUGGAAAAACAACCCCUUUUGGUCACACACUCACCACUCUCUCGUUGCCCCAAAUGGCCCUGUGGGAGUGGUGAGUGGCAAGCGGGAGCUUGCCUUUUCCUCAGGCUUAAAAUAAUAAAAUUGAAAUUUCAGUCUGUUUUCCCCGUGUUUCCCCUCUAAUGCUGUUUUCUUUUGACCAAGCAUGUCUGAAUUCUAGAGAAUUCAGGAGGAACACACCCAUUCUCGGUUUGAAGGCACUGAUGUUCUGAAAUACAACUGGGCACAGCCCCGGGCUCUUCAGGACGCUUCCUCCAGUCACACAGCAGGGAUGUGAUUGUUACAGGGGGUGGCGUGUGCUUGCUGAGAAGCUACUGUGAAUUGAUUCUUCUUCUGAAGUUUAUGGUUCUACUUUUUGGAAAUAAAUAAAUUACAGCCAGUCCAUCAAGGAAACUGCA